AAGUGGCGGAUGAGCGUGUUGUGUGUGGAGGAGAGGAGAGCAGAGUGACUUUGCAAAGACUGGCAAAGACUAAAGUGGUAUUGUUUGCGACUCAUCAACAAAAGGUAGGCCUAGCCUAGUGAAUAUAGAUUAUCCCUAUUGCUCCAAGAUGUUCCAAACAAGAUCAGAAUAUGACAGAGGUGUCAAUACAUUCUCACCUGAAGGCAGAAUUUUUCAAGUUGAAUAUGCAAUAGAAGCAAUCAAGCUUGGCUCAACAGCAAUUGGUAUCAAGACAGCAGAUGGUGUGGUCCUAGCUGUUGAGAAGCGGAUUACCUCACCUCUUAUCGAGCCAUGCAGUAUAGAGAAGAUAGUGGAGAUAGACAGCCAUAUUGUUUGUGCCAUGAGCGGACUAAUUGCUGAUGCAAGAACGCUAAUUGAUAGAGCCAGGGUUGAUGCUCAGAACCAUUGGUUUACAUACAAUGAGCAGAUGUCUGUAGAAAGUGUUACACAAUCAGUAUCCAACUUAGCACUUCAGUUUGGUGAUGAUAAAUCUGAUGUCAAAGUCAUGAGUCGUCCAUUUGGUGUUGCUCUACUCUUUGCUGGUGUUGAUAAGGACGGUCCGCAACUGUUCCAUAUGGAUCCCUCUGGUACAUUUAUAAAGUUUGAUGCCAAGGCAAUUGGAUCUGGGUCAGAAGGAGCACAAUCACAGCUACAAGAAGUAUACCACAAGUCAAUGACGCUGAAAGAAGCAACGAAGGAGUCACUAGUAAUUCUAAAGCAAGUAAUGGAGGAGAAACUAGGUGCAACAAAUGUGGAGGUUGCAUCAGUGACGGACAAGGGUGAAUUCCACAUGUUUUCAAAAGAGGAAAUUGAAGCCAUCAUUUCUGAGCUGUAGACUUCAUAAUUAAUACACAAAUAAGCCUUAGUUUUAUAAAUGUUUAUCCUAUAAGUAUCGUGAUUGAGAGCUUAGUAACAUCAACAGCAAGUGAUCAAGUUUACCUAUAUGAGAUAUAUAUGAGAUAUCAAAAAGUUCAGUACAUGGUCCAGUGUUUACUAGAUUUAUCUGAUUUUGACACAUACUGACCAAAUUUAAUACAUAUCUCAGUGUAUAUCCAAAUAAAACUUGUUUAAAUAUGCAGCAUGGUUAGACCUACCAUAGGUGUUGACAUUUAGAUUAGGUUAAGUUUUGUCUCUGGUUUAUUUAAACUAUAUGAUCUAGCAUUUAAUAUCAAAAGCUGCAAUGAAGGAGUCAGUUGUUAUGACAAUGACCUAGAUACUUUACGUAAAAUACCUUUUUUUUUAUAUUUGGCCAUUCUAAUAAAUGACUUGUAUUGUAAUAUACUGUA